AUGUUCGAGCGACAGGAACAGAUGUACUCACUACAGAAUCACAACUACAGUCAUCAGUAUCAGACCGAUCCAAGCACCACAGUUACCCAUACAACUAUAACAUAUUCUGAUGGUGAUACAAAUGAUGGAGCAGCUUUACCAGCAGCCAAAGAUUCCUCUCAGGCAGAGCACGAUAGUAAGCCGGAACGACUAGUUGUGCCAAACGCCAGUGUGCCAGUGCUAAGUCCCUUAUUUCUGCGCUGCAACCCACUGCAAAGAGCUGUAUUUGCUCGAGUAUCGCGAACGCAUUCGUUAACUCCAGUGGAAAGAGUAGAAGAUUGGAAAGCUGAGAAGGGUUACUCUGCUCAAUACCGGCUAGCACCAACGGCAGAAGUACCUGUGCAAUGCACAUUCACCAUGCAUGCCUUCCUUGCUCAAUUUGCUGCUGUCCAACACAUCAUAAAUACUCCAGUUCUUAACGUUUCCGCAUUUUGUUUA